AAAUUUGGUCAUUCCGCGGAUUCAAAGGAUCCGUGAUAAUCAUGAAUGAUGAAAUAUGAAACAAUCCUUGGACAAUCAAAAUUAUAAUGAUUAAAAUUACAAUAAUAACAAUAUAAGCAUCAUAGUAUCUAUCAUUUCUACAAACAUGGACAAUAAGAAAAGCCAAUAUGGCGGCCAAUGUAAUCCGUAAAAUAAAGCAUUUUUAAACAUAUAUAACUUUCAAUUUCAUAUAUUCCUAACAUUAAAAUUUGGAAUCUAUUUUUGAAGAUGUCAACAGAAUACAGUAGGAGUGUUUUAAGAAUGGUGGUUGCUCAAAUAUGUCAAAUAAUUGGAUGGCAUUCAAUUAAUUCUACACCGUUAGAAUUUAUGGUUGAUCUUAUGCAAGAAUAUAUUUUGCGAAUUUCAAAACUCACUCAUCAAUAUGCAGAAAUUUUGGGAAGAACAGAAGCAAAUCUUGAUGACUUAGGUUUAGCAUUUCAAAAUAUGAAUAUUGAUAUACAAGAAUUAACAGAAUAUAUUAAAAAUGUAGAUUCUGUUCCAUGUCCUAUAGCAGUACCUAAAUUUCCAAUUCAACGUGAAAAUCAUUUGAAUUUUUUAAAACCUGGAAGUCGAGAAGUUGUAACGAGACCUGUACAUAUACAUGAACAUUUACCAGCUAUGUUUCCUGAUACAGAAGAAGAAUAUGUAACGGAGAAAGCAGAAAAUAUAAUGAAUGGAUCAUCUGAUUUAACAUUGAGUAAUGGAACUUCAAGCAAUAGUUCCAUUAAUGUAUCUCCUCAUAGAAUGUCACCACAAGUAGUUUUUAAACGACCAGGAGAUCCUGUCUCACUUGAAAGUCCUAUAGUAAAGCGUGUAAAAGUAUUAGAAGAAGGUAGACCAUUACGUGAAAUUCAUAGUGUCAUGAUGACUACUUCAGGUUUUUUAUCACCUGCUCGAGAAGGAAAACUACCUGAAGCAAGGACACCACAUCAAACUCGUUCAGAUUCACCACAACCUAGUUCUUAUCCUAUGGUACCUCCAGAAUUAAAAUAUGACAAAAAACCAAAAAAGAUUAUAAAGAAAGGAUUAGAAGAUUGUAAACUUGAUAAAGAAAACAAGAAAAAAAAUCGUGCUAAAGAAUUAUUUAAACCAGAUAAAACAGAUGAUAAUAAAAUUAAAAAGUUAGCUGGUAUGAAGGAAUUAGCAAAAUUAAAGCCUUUAAAAUCAAUAGGAGGAAAAUUACAAAGUACCAUGCCUAGUUCAUCAAGCAGACCAUCUACUCCUAAAUUAAUAUCACCUAAAACAGUUAGUAGUCCAAAAUUACAGAAAAAUACACAACCAAAAACAAAACCAGAAAAAAUAAUUGAUCUUACUGGUAGAUCUCCCCCAUCUAAUGAAAGAAAAGAAGACAAUAUUGAUAAACUUCCAUCUGAACCAGAUAAACAAAAGUUGAAUAUUUUUAAAAAGAUUUCAAAACCACGAGAGGAUAAAGAUAAAGAUAUAUCAGAACAACAUAAGUAUAAAGAACUUGAUUCAAGAGAAAGUUCACCUGCUUUAGUGAUUGAUGAAAAUAUUGACAAACAAACACUCCGUAAUGACAUUGAUGUAAAACGAGAAGAAAAAAAGACUCCACAUACACCAGAUGUCCAUCUUCAACCAGAUGGAGGAGAAUUAAUUGAUUUACAAAGUCCAGGAUCAGAUGUUUAUAUGUUUGAUGAUAUGUCACCACCAGGUACUCCUAGCACUCCAAGAACUCCAGAAUUAAACAUGCCCACGACACCUACAGAUCAUAAAAAAAAGAGGAAGGAAAAAUUGAAUAAAAAACGGGAAAUAAAAUCAAGAAGUCCAAAGCAUUAUGUUAGUCCAAAAAAGACAAAAAGUAUCAACGAUGUACCAGAACAGGAUAUACUAGAUCGACCAAAAACUCCACAGGCACCUGAACCUCAGAUUUCCAAAGAACCAAGUUUUCCACCAACACUCCCAUUUCCCUUUUUUCCAACAUUUCCUCCAGCACCUGGUUUAAUACCUCAUCCUAUGUUUCCUAGAUUUCCAUUACCUAUAGGAAGAGGUAGUAGUGGCCCUCAUCCAGCAAUGUCAAAUUUACCAUUACCACCUCGUUUUAUAAAUUUACCACCAAAAUCUGAAGAUUUCUCUACUUUACCAAAAUCUAAAUCUGUCGAUCGGGAUAAACUUCCUUCAAUACCUUCUACCGAAGCAACGCUUUCAAUGACAAAACAUGAAAAAACGGAGAAAGAAAAAGGAGAUAAAUCAAAGGUGAUUAAACAGGACAAAGAGAUACCUUCGCCAGUUCCUACGAGUACCGUUGCACAGCCUUUAUCAUCUGCACUUGCAGCACCAAUUACGUAUCCUAAACCAGUAUCUAUUGUGCCAUUAUUAUCUUCAAAAACUUCUAAAAUUGAAAAACAGGAUAAAUGUGAUAAGAAAUCAAAGGAACAUAAAAAAGAAAAGAAAGAUAAAUUAAAAAAGAAAAAAGAUAAAAAAGAAAAACACAAAGAAAAAGGAGAUAAAAUAAAAGAAAAGAAAGAUAAAAUAGAUAAAAAAGAAAAAAUAGAUAAAAUUAAAGAAAAAAGAGAAAAGAAAGAUAAACGAAAAGAAAAAGAGAAAGAAGAUAAAAAUUUUGAAGCUGUACCAAAAAUAACAUUAAAAUUAGGUACAGCAUCUCCGAGACCACCAACACCAGAUACUGCUCCAAUGAAGAAAAUGGAAAUGUGUUAUAGAACUAUAAAAACAUUGCUGAAGAAGCCUGAGGAUGAGACAAAACGAGAACCAAGUCCAGAAUUGGCCAAAAUAUCAGCAUUAGUCACGCGACCACCAAAGCAAAAGUCGGCAAGUAAGAAAACAGAGGAGGGAACGUUAGAUGGAAGCCCUGCUCUUCCUACAGAUACUUUCUCUGCCAAUCUUACUAGUGUGCCACUUGCAACAGUUCCUCGAGCAAAGAAAUCUCUCUUCAAAGCCUUACCUCAAAGAGAAACUCCUUCAUCUCAAUUUGAUCCUACUCCUAAGCUCCCAACUCCUCUGAUGCAACAACAACCACCGUAUUAUUUUAGACGAAAGCAGAUGCAGCUCUUAAAAAGGAUGAUGCUAAGGAAGACAAAGAAAAUGGCAGGAUUGCGCUGCCCCCAACAUCAACCACUACUGUGGAUCAAGGUGGUCAUCAAGUUUGGAUAUGUCCUGCAUGUGGUAAUCAAGAUGAUGGAUCACCUAUGGUUGGUUGUGAUGAUUGCGAUGCAUGGUAUCAUUGGGUAUGUGUUGGGAUGCAAGUACCACCAGCUGAUAACGAAGAUUGGUAUUGUCGUUAUUGUAUAGCCAAAAAACAAGAACUUCAUCAUGAUAAAAAGAAGAAAAAAAGGAAGAAAAAGGUGAAAGUUACUGCCUAGUACAAGCUACCCGGAUCUUGUGUAAGAUCCGGUAUAGCAAUUCAAACUACUACCAAAGUUAAAAAAGACAGUAAGCUUGGUAUAAAAAAUAUGAAAAGCAAGAAAUUAUCAAAAGCAGAAAUGAAGUUACAAAUGAAAUCAUUAAAGGAAAAAUCUUUACCAAUCAAGGGAAAGGCUGGAAAGACUAUCAUGAAAGUUAAGACUGUAAAGAAAAAAAGUAAAAAGAUGAAAGAUAGUGCAAUCCAAUUGGCUUAGAAAAUGUUAUCUUUUGUGAUUGUUAAUAUAAUAUCAUGAUUAAAUUUUAACACGUUGAUAGCUAAUUUUCAAAUUCUAAAUUUUCAAUAAUACAUUAAUAUUUUACAAUAAUUAUUAUCUUCUUAUAAUAAAACAUAUGUGAUAUUUAUACUGAUAAAAUAUAUAAUAUUCAACUACACAUAGUUAUUUUAUUAAAACUAUUAAAAAUAUCUUAAACUUAGAAAUGAUACAAAUUAGAAAAUAAUAAUUAAAUUUUUGAACAAAUUUAAUAAAAUAAAUUUUCAUUAUAAUUUAUUCUAUCUAUUUACUUCUAUUUAAAAUAACUAUUUUUAAUACAUGCUACAUAAAAGGUUUGAAUUAUAUAUAUUUUUAAUUGCUAUAAAAAAAAUUCAAAUUUAUUUUAAAAGAUUCUUUUAGAAAAAAAUAAAAAAUUUGAAUAUUAUUAUAUAUUUAUUCAAAUAUUUAUUGCUUAUUAUAAUUUAUUUAUAAAAAAUGAUAUUCUAAAUAAUUAAAUUUUAUUAUUAUUUUUUUCAUAUAGUAAAUUAUUAAUAUAAAAAUAAAAAUAUUUAAUCUUAAAUAUGCUAUUAAUAUUUUUUGAUUUUAUAUCCAUUUUUAUAUUCAUUUUUAUGUAGAAUGUAUUAUAACAUAAUAAUAUAUAAUAUUAUUAUAGUAUUAUAUAUAAUAUUUGUGUAUGACAAAAUUUAAUAUAUAUUAAUUAUAUCAUAUUAUAUUGUCAUUAAGAUGUUUAAUUUUUUAUCAGGUUUUUAUAAAAAUUAUUUCUGUACAUAUUAGUAAAUUAAAAUAUGUAAUAUUGAAUAUUAUAUAUAUAUAUAAUAUAUAUUUAAAAGAAUAUUAUAAUUUUCUUUUUGGAAAUUAAAAAUAUAAUUUGAACAGUAUGAACUUGCAUAAAAGUAAUAUAAAUACAAACAAAUAAUGUACCUUGUGUAUAGCAGUCAACGUGUUAAAACUAAUAAUGUAAUAAAAUUGAGAACUAGUAAAAAAAUUCUAUUUUCUUUGAUUAAAGCAGAAGCUUCUGCAUAAUAAUA